AUGCACUCGAGUGAGGUGGCUGACAGGUCGGUGCCAUUACCAGUGACUAAUGGUCAACCAAUGAGCGUUCGGCGACCUGAUCACAACACUGAACAUAGAAACGAUCCGACGAUGUUACUGACCGAAGUAGCAGCGCUGCUGAUAAGCUUGCUGGCGGGGGUUGACGGACAUGGGCGCCUAGUGGAUCCGCCCGGCCGGUCAACCAUGUGGCGCCUCGGCUACCACACACCCGUCAACACCAACGACCAUCAGCUCUCGUGUGGAGGAUUCGGUGUACAGUUUUAUCGAAACGGCGGAAAGUGUGGCGUGUGCGGGGAUCCCUUCCAGGGUCCGCGUGAUAACGAGGCGGGUGGCAAGUACGCCACCGGAACUAUAGGCGCCAGUUAUUCCCAGGGUCAGGUGAUCACGGUCACAACGGAGAUCACCGUCAACCACGGGGGCUGGUUCGAGUUCAAACUGUGCCCUGUGAACGACCGGAAAGUGCGCGCCACGCCCGCGUGCCUGGACAAGCACCUUUUACGGGUUGUUGGUGGCGGGACGCGCUACACGAUGGUGACCGGGCUCGGGCAGCAGUCCGUCCGCCUUCAGCUGCCGAAGGAGCUGACAUGUUCACAGUGCGUCCUCCAGUGGAAAUGGAACACAGCAAGUAACGUUGCGUGUAACGGGUCUCGGUGCUGCCACGGCUGUGGGCCCCAGGAACAAUUCUACGGCUGUGCGGACGUUUCCAUUCUCCCAGGGGCCGUGCCGCCACAAACACAUGUUACCAUGCCACACCAAAUCUGGCAGCCACAUCCGGCAGCGACUCGACCGCCCUACAACCAAGGCGCUCCAAUAUCCUUCAUCCCCUUGAUCCCAGGCGGUGUCCUCCCGGUUGCUACCCGACCGCCAAUCAACCCAGGCGCUCCGGGAUCCUUCAUCCCCAUUGCACCGGACGGCGUCCUUCCAGCAGGCCUCGUUGGCAUCGACACCGUCAGGAAAUGCGCCGCCAGGGAGGAGUUCCGGUUGGAGAUGCCAAAUGCUGACGUCUGGUGUAUCACUAAUUGUAAACUGUUAAACAAUUGCCGUAAAGACUUGUGUACUGAGGAGUGUCGAACUGCAGUACAGCAACCUGGUAAUAAACACUCGGAUUGCAAGGCGCUUAGCUUUUGGCGAUCGGAACUUGGAGGCCAGGCGGCAGACGAAUGGUGCUGGCAGCGUUGUGCUGCCGGCCCGUGCCCGCUGGACUUCUGUGAGAAAGACUGCUUAAUGUGA